AUGGCUGUUAUCGCGUCUCUGUUAGGCUGUCUUCUCCUCUCUGUAGCUACUGCUGCUCCACAGGCUGCUUCACUCUCCUCAUCUGUGAGCUCGGUAGCUGUCAGCCCAUCAGCCACAGAUACAUCUCUUACCACGGCAGAGCGAGCCGAACUUUUCAGCCUUCACGAAGAGCUAGUCAACAUCCCUUCCAUUUCAAAUGAUGAAGUCAAAUGCGCAGACUUCGUGUCCAAGUACCUGGAAGAGCUAGGAUAUUACGUUGAUAAAGUACCCGUGGGAAACACCAGUACUUAUAAUGUAUUUGCGUAUCCGCAAGGACUGAAGGAUGAGGGUGUCCUGCCCGAGGUCCUUAUCACAAGCCAUAUUGAUACCGUUCCUCCAUUCUACCCCUUCGAGCGACGAGAGAAGAAUGGUACAGUCUACCACUACGGUCGGGGCACAGUCGAUGCAAAAGGCCCCGUAGCAACAAUGAUUAUUGCGUCACAUAAGUUCUUCCAAUCCCGAUCCGACACUCCCCGCCUCGGUAUGCUCUUUGUCGUUGGCGAAGAAAUAGGUGGUACGGGUAUGAAAGCCUUUGCGUCGUACGCGAAGAACACGACUUUCCGAGCAGCCAUCUUCGGCGAGCCAACAGAAGGUAAACUCGCCAGUGGCCACAAAGGCAGCCUCAGUCUCACACUGGACGUCAAGGGCAAAGCGGCACAUUCUGCAUAUCCCUGGCUUGGUGUCAGUGCGAUCAACUACCUCGCUGAAGCUAUUGUGGCCUUGAACAGUCUUCAACCCGCGCUGCCAUCAAGCAAGCUCCUCGGCCCCACGACCCUCAACGCUGGUCUCAUCCGAGGUGGUGUAGCCGGAAACGUAGUCCCCGAAAUCGCUAACGCCAGUGUCUCCAUCCGUAUAUCCCGAUCUGAAGACGACGCCGUCACUGUUGUCCGCGACAUGAUCACUGGCAUGCUGUCUCCAAUCGUCACGGCUGCCAAAGCCGCAAAUGCUACUUUCAACCUCAUCUUCGCAAAUUCGUCGUACCCAGCACCGAUUCUCGAUACGGAUGUAGAAGGAUUGGAGGUCGCACCGGUCUUCUAUGGUACCGAUAUACCGAGCUUGCCGCAGGUGAAAAAGAGGUAUCUUUUUGGAACGGGGACGAUUGAGGUCGCACAUACCCCUAACGAACAGCUGAGCCAGGACGAGUUGGUACAGGCUGCAGAAGCGUACGGAUUGAUUUUGAAGAGUUUGUUUCCUGAGUCUUAGGUCGGCU